CGAUUGUAAUCUGUUAAAACGCACACACUUCCCCCAGAAGAGACAGCGAGCUGAAAAAAAAGCAAUAUAUGUACGUCGGGGCGUCACAUCCGCCUGUUUGAAGCCAGAAGGGGGGAGUGGGGGGAGAGAUUUAAUUACUAGGCUAGUGCAGAGGGAGUCCUCGCUGGGAAGUUGACAAGUAACAAAACAAAAGUGGCUGUUUGAGGAGAUUGAGCCCGGGGUUGUGUGAGUGUGUGGAGAAGACCUGGGAGAGCUCAAUGCGAGCCCAACCCAGCCGGCACACUGGAGCAGUGAACUACACGUCCCAAGUCAGUCCGCAGCUCCGCCUGUAUCACUCAGACCUCUGUAGAAUACAGUAGAGGAGAGAGUGAGUGAGAGAGAGCGGCGCGCCAGCCCAGCCCAUCCCAGCCCAACCCUGCCGCCGCCAGCACCUCCAGAAACUUUUCCAGCGGUCUGUGCCAACUUGUGGUGCCUAAGUACCCGGCUCCCGGCGUGUGAGGAGAGGAGAGGACGAUGAAGGCAGCUGUCGACCAGCCGACUCUCACCAUCAUUAAGACGGAGAAGGCUGACGAUGUGGAAUGUGGGGAUAUACCAUUACUGACUCCCAGCAGCAACAAGAUGAUGUCUCAAGCCCUGAAGGCCACGUUUAGUGAAUUCACCAGAGAGCAGGAGAGACUGGGAAUACCAAAAGACCCUCGAGAAUGGCAGGACGAACAUGUCAGUCACUGGUUGGCCUGGGCCGUCAACGAAUUCAGCCUGAAGAACGUGGACUUCCAUCAGUUCCGCAUGGACGGGGCCACUCUGUGCGCCUUGGGCAUGGACAGCUUCCUCGAACUGGCGCCCGACUUUGUGGGCGACAUCUUGUGGGAACAUCUGGAGCAGCUUCAGAAAGAAUGCCAGGAGGAUGUAAAGCCCUUUGCGGUGAAUGGAGUAGUCUCCAAUUACACGGAGAACAGCCUCUUCUCUGCCUAUUCUAUGGGCUAUGGCAUUGAGCAUGCCCAGUGUGUCCCUCCGUCAGAGUACUCCGACCCAGGCUUCAUCACCGAGUCCUACCAAACCCUGCACCCCAUCAGCUCAGAGGAACUGCUCUCGCUCAAGUACGAGGUGGACUAUCAGGCCGUCAUCAGCCGGGAUGCUCCCGCAGACUCGCUGCAGUCCGAGUAUUACGUCAAGCAAGAGGUGGUGUCACCCGACAACAUGUGUGUGGGCCGCAUCAGCCGAGGUAAGCUUGGUGGUCAGGAUUCCUUUGAAAGCAUUGACAGUUUUGACAGCUGGGACCAUUUAGCACAGUCCUGGAGCAGCCAAAGCUCGUUCAACAGCCUCCAACGGGUGCCGAGCUAUGACAGCUUUGACUCGGAGGAUUAUUCUAGCAACCUGCCCCAUCACAAGCCCAAAGGAACGUUCAAAGACUACGUGCGAGAACGAACCGACCUAAACAAGGACAAGCCAGUGAUCCCUGCGGCUGCCCUGGCUGGCUACACAGGCAGUGGACCCAUCCAAUUGUGGCAGUUCCUGUUGGAGCUCCUGACGGACAAGUCUUGCCAGUCGUUUAUCAGCUGGACGGGAGACGGCUGGGAAUUCAAGCUGGCAGAUCCCGAUGAGGUUGCCAGGCGCUGGGGGAAGAGGAAGAAUAAACCAAAGAUGAACUACGAGAAGCUGAGCCGCGGCCUACGCUAUUACUAUGACAAGAACAUCAUUCACAAAACAGCGGGCAAACGCUACGUGUACCGGUUUGUCUGUGACCUCCAGAGCCUGCUGGGCUACACCCCAGAGGAGCUUCACGCCAUGCUGGAUGUCAAACCAGACGCUGAUGAGUAAGGAGCAGCCACGUAUGGACUGGACUGCGGACUCUAAUCCGUGCUCACUCCCAAGACUUGUAUAUGAUUUGUUUGCUUCAGCUUGGUAUAGACAGUCAAGAUACAUCGCUUUGAAGACGGGCGUUGAGGAACAAUGCGCAACGCCACAAAAGACAAACAAAACCAGUCGUUUCUCCUUUCCAAAAAAUGUUUAUUUUACUUGUUUUUGGUUUUGUAAACUCUUUGUUUAAAAUCCUGCCUUAAUAUUACAAGGUGGACAGAGCAAGGAUUGUGUUAACAUGAAGCAUUGUGGGAUAUGGAACAGGCACUAUCACCACGGCAACAUCGUUACCACCGUUGGGCAGCUGCCAUUGUUGGCAGGCCAUUGCCGUCAAUGGCCUUGGCCAUGUUGGUGGACCGUGACUGGUGUUGCGGCUAGUUUACCGUGUUCCUUACGCGCCAGUAUUUUUGCCUUAGGUUGGCCUCAAUAUUUGCAGUAUUGUAUAAGCCAUUGCCAGCUGCUUGGAUGAAGUGUUAAAAAGAUCUAUAGAUCAUGUCAAGACACUCGAUGAAGAGCCAGAAAGCGGUUUGUAACCGAAUGAUGUGCCAAAAAACCCCAUCUCUUAAAGCCAA